AUGCCUACAGGAGAAACCCGGACCCGGUACUUCCUAGUAUCACAAAGGAAGGAUUAUCGAUAUCCCCAGGAAUCCACGUCCCACCGGGCAGUGGGCAGAGGCAAAACAAUGAGGAUUUUCCCCAUUCUGGGUUGGAUGCUUUUCCCAGGCUGCUGGGCGGUGACGGGCCCCGGGGCAGUGCGCGGCCCCCCGGGCGGGUCGGUGGCGGUGCGGUGCCGGUACCGGGCGGGCUAUGGGCAUUAUCAGAAGUUCUGGUGUCGGGCAGGAGGUUGGUUCUGUUCCGAUGGGAUUCACAUCGUCGAGACCGACGGGUCGGAGGCGGAGGUGACGCGGGGCAGAGUCUCCAUCCGAGACAAUCACACCCAGCGCGCGUUCACCGUGACCGUGGAGAACCUGACACCGGCAGACGCCGGCACGUACCACUGCGGGGUAGUGAGGUCUGGGCUCCUUGAUCUCAGGGACACUGUGACACUCACCGUCUCCCCAGCUACUUCAUCCCCACCCCCAGCAGAAAGGUCAUCGUCAGCGACAGUGCAACCACCUUCUUCCACAUCAAUAUCUACUUCCAUCUGCACAACUGCUGAGGAAGGGAAAUCCAGCUUCAGCACUAACCAGGAUACCACUGCCUUGGUGGCCCCACAGUCAAACAUCCUCCUCCGCAUCCUGCUACCAUGUGUCCUGCUGCUUCUCAUUUUGUUUCUGCUCGCUGCUGUGAUGCUGGUGAGACUGUCCAAGAAGAGGAAAAAAGAGCUUUCAGGAGCAUCUGUGCAGAGGGACAAGAACAUCAACCUGUCAAAUUUGGUGGUUGGGAACAAUGCAGCAGGUGGAAGCUCAGAGUUUGCAGUUAUAGAUUCUCCUGCAGCCACUGACCAAACAGGAUUUUAUAGCAAUGUUGAGAUCCUUCCUAACUCAGUGAACCCUGACUGCAAUUAUGUGGAAAUCCAGCCCCACUGUCAGGGGUCAGAAGAGGUUUCUUAUGCCACUGUGACGAUUUCCACCCCCCACCAGCAGCCCAUCUAUGCCAACGUGGAGCAGCGCCCCAAGACAACCCGCCCAGCCGAGCCCCCUGAGGAAACCCUGUACAGCCCUGUGAAGCUGCCGCCCAAACACUAACCCUGGAUAUGAGGCAGAGUGGGGAUGGGGGCUGCAUAGUCCUUAUCCAGGCUGCUUGAUCCCGACCUGGCAAAAUUUGAAGCAACAGGGUUUAGAACCAAAUCUGACCUGAACAAACUCCAGCAGCUGUUGUAGGCAGAGGAUUUACAGACACACUCGGCUGGAACUGGAGUCUGUGGGUUUGUCCGAUGGACAGGUGGCCUGAUGGAAUUAAACAGCUGCUGUUCUCUUGUGAGGAGUGAGUUCAAAGAGCCAAUGACUGGGCUUACAGACAAUGAAACUCCCCAGGAUCUGUUCAGCAGGACAAGAGAGAGAUGUGGCUCUAUGGUUACGGAGUUGUCAGAUGUUUUCAGUUUCACAGGAGUUUAAACCUUUACUUCAUAAAAUUCUCAUUGAAGAAACAAAAUCCAAACUCCACAACAUGAACUUUGAGCAUCAUUUACUUGUCCCUUGUCUGAUGAAAAAUGUUCCCAUUUUGCAAGAAAUCUAAGACACUCUGGGCUCUGUCCUUUGGACACAUUAGGCAAUUACCAUUUGAGGAGCAACAAAGAUCACUUCUGUAGAUGGGGUAUUUGCCUAGAGAGUAGUUUGUAACUUUCUAGUCAUAACUCUGUCAAGAGAAGAACCCCUCCCAUUGGUGAUAGAUUGGAUCUACACUCAAACACUACAGGGGCGCAGCUACACCGGUGCUGUUGCAGCCUUUCAAGUGUAGACAAACCCCCAGUCACUAUCUCCAACCACAAAACCUUAAAAAGCACCUGACUGUGCUAAGGCAAAACGACCUUGCCAAGUGCAUGGGCCAUGUGACAGUCAGAGGUGCUGAGCUCUUGAUAGAAACACAUAUGAGGUCACUGUUAAGGGUGCAAGUUUGCUGACAUUGGCUACAUGUUGCAUUUGGUUGUUUAGAAAUGGAAGCGGAAGCCUUGAGGGCUGAAGUGUGGAAUCCCAACCCUACAGGCAAUGCAGAUGUGGAAAGAAAUGCCAAAGCCUUUCCUCUUAGCUUUUGAUUUCCAUGUGUUAACAGUUUUGGAUUGAGAUGUGUGUUGGGGUGUAACUUUGGCUGCCAUUGUUCUUGCUAAUUAUUUCUAGCUCUGCAGUAACAAGAGGGCUCAAUAGAGAUCAGGGCCUAGUUGUGCUGGGAGCUGUACAAAUACAAAAUUAGAGACUGCCCCUGCUGCCAAGUGUUUCCAAUCUAAAUAGGGACAGGAGACAUGACAGUUGGGGGUAGGACAAAGUGGAGC